UACAAAUACCUGGAACCUAUUUCCAUUAGUGAAAAAUUGCCAUGUUUUCAAAAUCUAUAAUUAAAUCCACGUGCUACAAUAUGUAUAUAUAGAGCAAGACAGGGAGCAAUGGAGAACUCAAGUGAACAGCAAAAAAUAUGGCAACUAGAAAUCUUUUUCCUACAUAUCACUCUACUCUACUUCUUCAACGUUGCCUUGCUUCUCUAUUGUGUUUCUAUGCCGUAACUAAUCACCAAAGCGAUGCUUUUGACUACAGGGAUGCUCUCUCGAAAAGCAUUCUCUAUUUUGAAGGCCAGAGGUCCGGUUAUUUACCUCCAGAUCAAAGAGUUACUUGGCAUCAUCACUCUGGCCUCUCUGAUGGUUUCCGACAAGGAGUGGACUUGGUAGGAGGAUACUAUGACGCUGGUGAUAAUGUGAAGUUUGGCCUUCCGAUGGCGUUUACCAUAACACUGCUUUCAUGGAGUGUUAUUGAAUACGGAAAACAGAUAUCAGAUGCCGGAGAAUAUCACCAUGCACUUGAAGCAAUCAAGUGGGGUACUGAUUACUUCCUCAAGUCCCAUACCGAGCCAAAUGUCCUUUGGGGUCAGGUGGGAGACGGGCGAAGUGAUCACGGCUGUUGGCAGAGACCAGAGGAUAUGACGACAGAGAGAGAUGCUUACAAGAUCGAUGAAAAACACCCAGGCUCCGAUCUUGCAGGAGAAACGGCUGCAGCACUGGCAGCUUCAUCAAUUGUGUUUAGGGGAGCAAAUCCAUACUACUCUAACAUUCUUCUGCACCAUGCAAAAGAGUUGUUUGAGUUUGCUGAUAAAUUUAGAGGAAAGUAUGAUGACAGUAUUGAGGUGGUGAAAGGUUACUAUCCCUCCUUGAGCGGUUACAAGGAUGAGUUGUUGUGGGCAGCCUUGUGGUUACACAAGGCCACAGGUGAAGUGGAUUACUACAAUUACGUUUUAGAAAAUGCUCAUUCUUUUGGUGGGAUAGGUUGGGAAAUGACGGAAUUCAGCUGGGAUGUCAAGUAUGCGGGAGUUCAAGUUAUGGCUUCAAUGUUGCUUAAGGAGACUUUGCCUCAAGAGCAGAAGCAAAUACUCCAUCAGUACCACUCAAAAGCAAAGCACUUCAUUUGUGCAUGCCUAAACAAAAACAAAGAAAAAAACCUAACACGCACCCCAGGUGGCCUCAUGUUCAUCCGCCCAUGGAAUAACUUGCAAUACGUUACCACCGCAACAUUCCUACUCACAGUUUACUCUGAUCAUCUUAAGCUCACCAAUCAAGAGCUCAGUUGCUACCGAGAUUCAGUUGGUCCUGACGAGAUGGCUUCAUUUGCAAAAUCGCAGGUUGAUUACAUCUUGGGAUCUAAUCCUAUGAGAAAGAGCUACUUGGUUGGGUACGGUCCAGUUUAUCCAGAGAGGGUGCACCAUAGGGGUGCCUCAACUGUAUCAUACAAAGUGAACACCAGUUUCAUUGGGUGCAUAGAAGGAUAUCAUAGUUGGUAUGGACAUCAAGCCCCAAACCCGAAUGUUCUAAUAGGAGCGGUUGUUGGUGGACCAGACAAAAAUGACAGGUUUGAAGAUCGAAGGGGCAAUUUCAUGCAAUCAGAGGCUUGCACAUAUAACACAGCUCCUCUAGUUGGAGUCUUCGCAAAAUUGUACGGGUCUGAGAAGAACUCUAUGAUUUUUGACUCCUAGAGUUCUGCUUGUGAUUUAUUUUUGGCUUCCUAGGACUGGUUUUUGUCUAUGGACGUACCAGUUCAAUCUUCCACUACUAUGUAAAUGAAAUUUAUGGUGUUAUACAAACAUCAAUUUCAUUUUCCACUCCUAUGUACAAAAUAUCUAAUAAACACAGAUUGUCGAACGGAGGA